AGAGGAGACACGGAAGUACAGAUCUACAAAGCGAAUUGAUUCGGAAAGUUACUUAUUUUAACAAGUGCGGAAUUUAAAAAAAUAAAUACAUAAAUAAAACAAAAUAAAUAAAAAGAAAGAAAACCCAAGUUUGUUUGGAAGCGAACGCGCGUAGUUUUAAGAGGCGAUGAUGAAGUUUGAUGCCUCGCGCUACGCGGAAAAGGAGACUGCUGAAUCCACACAAAUCUCAGCUGCUGUUUGUAGAACAACCCAGAAGUGGAUCCCGACACGACUAUGGAUCACAGUUACGAAGCGCGAUUAAUCCGAGGUCCUUUGUAUCAGAGCCAUCACGGCAAGGCGUCCCGGUUCCUUCUUGGGUGUGUUCUCAGUUUACCUCGCUGGAAGAUACAGCAGUCAGAUGUCGUGGACAAAGGAAGAAGAAGAACCAUCUCCCCGCAAGCAGCUUAACCACAUCACAUUCGACUCAAGUUAGAAGAUCAACUGUCUGCAAAUACCCUAGUUUGUUGUUCGACACGAGUAACUCGGUUCCACCGAGAUGUCGCAGAGGUCUCGGUAAAGAGAGCACUCGGUCACAUGUUGGGGAUCCUCCAGAAAUAAGACCUCCUCAAAGUCACAGUGACGGAACCGUUUCUCCAGUCGGCCGUGACGAUACGCCGAGGCCGAAUUCUCUAAACACGAGGGGGAACAACGCGACUACAUCAGGAGCCAAACACAUUGGUUCUGCAGCUGGGAAACCGAGAACUCCUCCAAGCUCUGUUACAGCACGUACAUCCACGCCUGAAACUAGCAGCGUUCUCACUCCUCCUCACAUACAGACUCCAGAAAUGCCACGCCGUGAACACCCUGCUUCGUCUUCGGUUCUCAGCCUCCUCUUUUCCCCGAAUCAACCGAGAACUCCUCCACAGACUGAAAACUUGUUAGUGAGAGACACACCAGAGAGUGAGUAUGGCUUGAAAGUGACCUGGAGGAGGAGGAAAAAGCUGAGGAGAUUACUCACAGAGCGAGGUCAACUCCUUGACACAGAAGUUAUGAUCAGCAAUCACUGGCCAGAUGUUGUGUAAAUUGGAAAGGGGGGGGGUCUUUUUUGUUUAUUUUGGCAUACUGUAUGAUGGACCACAUGCAUGAAUGUAUUUUUUUUUUUUAUUUAAAGAGAGAGAGAAUGUUUAAUUCAUGGGUUUGAAGUUUGAAAAUAGCUUCUUGGAUGAAAUGUAUGAAAUGCUUUUUUUUUCCCUCCUUUUUUGUGUGUAUAUCAGCACUGUACAUCCUUUAUUAAGUGUACUGAAGUUUCUUCGAGAAAGCUGAUUUCAGUCAUGAACAAUUUAAACACGAGUCAGUUCAGCUGUGUGAAUAAAUAGUGCAACAGAGGCGAAUGUUCUGGAAAUGAGAACACAACUAAUAAAACAUAUAAUGUAU